GCAAGAUCACAUUGACCAGUCAUAAAGACUUCAGACUUGACGGUGAACAAUGAGCACAUCCCCACAGUUUGUCAAAAUAUCCAAGAUGAAGACCAAAAACAAACAGACAAAGUUCCCCGUUGCACGAAUCAAGAAGAUUAUGCAGAAAGAUGAGGAAGUUGGCAAGGUUGCGCAAGCUACGCCAGUGGUCAUUUCAAAAGCAUUGGAGUUAUUCCUGGCUAUGAUUGUGGACGAGGCGACUAAAGUCACGGUUGAACGGGGAGCAAAGAAGGUUGAAGCUUAUCACCUAAAGCAUGCGAUCGAAACAACAGAAAUGUUGGAUUUCUUGAAGGAAAUUGUUGAAUCUGUACCUGACCCUUCGGCGGGUGGCACCAUCGACUUGCAAGCUGAGGCGGCAGAGAAUGCGAAGCGAAAGAGGAGCAAAGCGAAGAAAAAUGGGGCGGCACCUGGAGAGGCCCCAAAGAGACGGCGGAAAAAGAAAGAGGAGGAGGCUGACAUGGAGGGUGUGCCAGAAGAGACGAUGGGAGAAGCAAAAUCUGAGGAAGGAGACCCUCGAAUGGAAGACGAUGAUGAUGCAUAUGAAGAGUCGUCGUCUCGUCCCCGGCAACGACGAAAUGAUGAUGACGAGGAUGACAUGCCAUACGUACCACGAUAACAAAAUUUGCAUGGUGUAGGGUUGGUGCCAGGAGUGUAAAGCGUGCGCUAUAACUGCUUCGUGAUAUUUAUCAUUCUUAUCAUAUCCCAUAUCCCUUCGUCCAUCAUAUCUGACCAGUUGUACUGUACAGCAUAAUCUAGGACCUACACAAGUUCUACCUCGCCUCGAGCAAUCAGUUGCUCCACCACCGAAUACGGGGUUAAAGAUAUAUGCCCCUUCCGCAUAUCUAAUGCGGUCCCACUGUAGAUCUGAUUAGAGAAAUCAACAUCGGUCGAUAUUCAGCAACAUACUCUGGCAGCCGCACUGGGGGACAAUCUUGUCGAGCAAGCACAAAGACUGCACGAGCCUUGUCUGGUUCAGUAACUAGAUACGAUCAUAAGUACCACUCUUCCCAAUAAAAUACUGACUUCCGUACCCAUG